GUCCUGCUAACGUCUCUGUCCACGGGAAUGACGUCGAUGGAAGGGUAAUCAGCUGAUUCUAAGCGAUCAAAUGAAGCAAAAUAAUAUAGUUUCAUCAGUCAAGAGUCGGUUAACAGCCACCGACAACUGAAGAUAUCUGGUUCGGACAUUGUUGACAUGCUUUAUCUGGGGUCAUAUGAAAAUAUUCCCUGUGAAAGAAAGCCCAUCUUGGAUUGGACAGGACUCUUCUGAUUGUCACCAUGGACAAGAUUUUGGAGGGCCUUGUGAGCUCGGAUCACUCUGUUCCGGUGAAGCGGGCCAUUGUGAAGAAGGUAGUGGAAGCAGCGGAGAAAGAAGUGACGGAGGAGCAGUGUCAGGCAUUGUUUACCCUUACCACCCGCCUCAUCUUGCUUGGUGAAGAUGCGUUUCAGAAGCAGAUCGGCUUCCAGGUUUUGGAAGCCUACGCCCGUUACCACCGGCCAGAUUUCGAGCGCUUCUUCAGUAAAGACUUUGUCCUCGGCCUCCUCCAGCAGGGCUACGGCCAGCUGGACCGCAAAGACCCGGCCACAAUAGACUACAUUCACUGCUGCCUGCGGCUGCUCAUCAGCUGCCCCUCUGUGCUUGAGAUCUUCAGCGUGAUUCAGGUGGAGGUUUUAAGGAUGGUGUGUGAACGCCCAGAGCCAGCUCUUUGUGCCCACCUGAGCACCGUGCUGUCAGACUUUGUGCAGUGCAUCCCAAGGGACAAGUCGGGUGUUUUGUUCUGCCAGCAGCUAGUGAGGACCAUCAGCUACUUCCACUGCUUUGCCAGCCAAGAACGGGAGCUGAGAGAGUAUGUAGGUCAGGUGACGAAGGUCAGCACACUGCUGCAGAACAUCUGGAAGGCUGAUCCAGCUACACUGCUUCCCUCACUGCAGGAAGUGUUCUCAAUUAUCUCUUCCACAGACCCCUCCUUCGACCCCUCCAUCGCUCUGGCCAGCCUGGUGCAGCACAUCCCCGUCCAGAUGAUCACCGUGCUCAUCAAGAGUCUCACCACGGACCACAAUGUCAAAGAUGCGAGCAUGACUAAAGCACUCUGCAGGAUGAUUGACUGGCUUUCUUGGCCUCUGGCCCAACAUGUUGAUACCUGGGUCAUUGCUCUGCUGAAGGGACUGGCUGCAGUUCAGAAGUUCACUAUCCUCAUAGACGUCACUCUGCUUAAAAUUGAACUGGUAUUCAGUCGUCUGUGGUACCCCAUUGUGCGGCAGGGGGCGCUGUCUGUGCUCUCCCACAUGCUGCUGAGCUUCCAGCACUCUCCCGAAGCCUUCCAUCUGGUCGUUCCACACGUGGUCCAUCUCGUCCAGUCUUUGAGGACAGACGGUCUCCACAGCAGCAAAGCAUUCUUGCUGCAGUUCACUGAGCUCAUUCACUGCAUGAUGUACCAGUACUCCGGCUUCCCCGACCUCUAUGACCACAUACUCGAGGCCAUCAAGGAUCUUCCAAAACCAGGAGAGGAGAAGAUCAAGCUGGUGUUGAAUCAAAGUGCCUGGACGUCCCAAUCCAACUCCUUCGCUUCAGGUCCUCUGAGGCUGGUUGGAAAGUCUGAGACUGGCAAGACUGGCCUGGUCAACCUGGGGAACACUUGCUUCCUGAACAGCAUCAUCCAGACUCUCUUCAUGGCCACAGAUUUUCGGCGGCAUGUUUUAUCGUUGCAUCUAAAUGGCUCCAACCCGCUAAUGAAAAAGCUCCAGCUGCUCUUUGCUUUCCUCGCACACACUCAGAGGGCAGCAUAUGCCCCCAAAAACUUCUUGGAGGCGUCUCGGCCUCCCUGGUUCAAUGUCGGCUCUCAGCAGGACUGUUCGGAGUACCUCCGGUUCCUUCUCGACAGGUUACACGAAGAAGAGAAAACACUUCAAGUCCUGGAAUCGGUUAAGCCAAAGGUUGCUCCCCCUGUUAACACAAGCAGCAAAGACCCACAAGCUCAGAAUCCUCCGGACAACUGCGAGGAUUCAUCUUUGUCUCCUGACGAAAUGAAACCUGAGAAUGACGGGAGGACUUUGAUAGAAAGGACGUUCGGCGGGAAGCUGAUCACAGGUAUCCGCUGCAUGCAGUGCAACUGCAUCUCUGAGAAAGAGGAGCCUUUUACAGACCUCUCCUUGGCCUUCUGUCCCUCUGCCUCUCAGGGCAGCCCUCAGCCUGAGGGGCCCUCUGAGGAGCCCAAGGUCCUCUGUCAGGGAUCCGUCAAUGGCGGCAGUGAAACUCCCGAGGCGGCCUCGGCCAAAGCACCGGCAAGCAAUGUCCAGUUUGUGCCGGUGACGAAUGAGCCUGCUUUGUCCGUGCCAGACUUGGUGAACUACUUCCUGGCUCCCGAGAUCCUGGACGAGGAGAAUGCCUAUUUCUGUGAGAAGUGUAGCUCCCUCCAGCGGGCGGAGAGGACCAUGAAAGUGGUGUCGGCACCAGAGUACUUGAUCCUCACCCUGCUGCGCUUCUCAUACGAUGCCAAAUGCCAUGUCCGGAGGAAGAUAUUGGACAACGUCACCAUCCCGCCGCUCAUGAGACUUCCCGUACACGCCCCUCUAAUGCCUACACAAUGUUCCUCUUGUACCUCUUCUCCUCUGCAAGUGGAUUCUCCGGAGAGCAGUGAGAAUCUGGCCAAGAAGCUCAAACCGUCGCAAAAGGACGAGGAGGAAGAGGAGAAGGAGGGAGCAGUCGGCGCCGAGCAGAUACAUAAAGGGGGCGAGAUGUCGGUCCAGUCAGUGCCGUAUGUCCUCAGCUCCGUGGUGAUGCAUUCUGGGAUGUCGUCGGAGAGCGGCCACUACUACUCUUAUGGUCACAACAUUAAUGGAGCAGAUGGCGCACAGCAUCCAGCCAACCACUUUGCCCUCAGGGAGGAUUUGGAGAACGGCCACCCUGACGGUGGCCUCUCCACCUGCUCGGCUCUCUCGAUUCCACCUGAGCGAGGAGUCGCGCUACCCAACAGUGGCCAGGAGGCCAGGGAUUGGCUGCUGUUCAACGAUAGCAGGGUGACAUUCACGUCCUUCCAGUCCGUGCAGAACAUUACAAAUCGCUUCCCCAAGGACACGGCGUAUGUGCUGAUGUACAGGAAGCAGAACGUGAACGGGGGACUGAUGGCGAACGGUAUGCGGUUGAGUGUUGAGCCUCCCCUGCAGAAAGAACUUCUGGAUGCUAUAAUCAAGGACAACAAGCUCUAUUUACAGGAACAGGAGCUCAAUGCUCGGACCCAGGCUCUGCAGGCACCGUCGUCCUCCUGCUCAUUCAGGCCCAACGGUUCAGAUGACAAUAACCCACCAGGGAGCUGCGGUCCAUCUGGUGGAGGGGGCGGGGGAGGGGGAUUCAAUACCAUUAGUAGGCUGGUCUUCUGAGGGAAAAUGUGCUGGAGGAAACCUGACGAAUGGCGCUAAGAGAGUCGAGAACUGGUCUUUCUAUAGAUGUGGAUAUAACCUUGUGAAAAGGUCACUGAAAUUGUCUAACAAAACACACACACACACACACACACGUCAGCGCUCAUUCUGAUACCACAGUUGAUUUUGUUCUUUCUAAAAAGAAAAAUCAAUAAAACUCUUUUUUUGUGUGAUCUCAACCUCAUUAUCUUUGAUCAACCAUCCAAGUUUCAAAACUUGAGUUAGACAAUAUUCAUUGGUGCCAAUGGAUUCUUCUCCCUUAGUUGAAAUAAUAAAGGAAUAACAAUGCUGAUACUGGAUUGCAUACAUUAUAAAUGUGUGAUGCUGGUUGAGUUUAUAACACGCUUGUGUUAUCUGACUAUAAUAUAAUUUAUAUCACUUCUCUCUCACACACGCAAAUGCAUAUUGUGCAAUGCACAGUAGAGAGGAAAGCAUUCAGCUGUAAGAUAACCAGACUUUUUCUUGAUUUCUCAUAGUUCUGAAUAUACAGCUCACAAACUGUAUUUUUCUGAUUUGCAUGCAGCUUCUCUUUGCAAGCUGUUUUCAGAUUUUCAUGAUCUUCUCUUUUGAUGUGUGCUUUGCUGUGUUUUACAGGUUUCAUAUCCCAUGCAAUAAAUGUACAUAUGACUUGAAUCACGAAAGUGAAAACUAUGUGUUCAAAUGUGAAUACUACAUUUGGGUCAUCGAUGCCCCACAUUUUCAACAUGAAUACCUAAUGCUGACUGAUAAGUUGUGUUGAAACAUAUUUGAAAAUAGUCAACAGUUGUACAGCAUAUUUUAAUGUAUUCCUCUGAGUUGAUCAUUCAGGGAGACUUUGGUGUUCCAGCUGAUUUGAUGUGCCUUUUUUGCUAUAUUUAAUGAAGAUUUCUGAAGAGGACUUUGUCAGGAUUCACGUACUUCAGCUGUACUGUGCUAAUAUUUAAAAAAAACAACCGGGAUUUGUUGUAUUGUCUUACUUAACCAGGCAGAUUAUUUAAAGUAAAGAGGUGGGCCGAUGUUGGGGACUUCACUAUAAAUAUAAUUGCUAUCAUAUAACAUAAAAUUAGGAAGGACAAUUAUUAAAUACUCAAUUGAACUGCAAGAUAACAUUUCAGAUGGUUGAUGGAAACCUUGUAUUUAUCUAAUUAAUACUGGAAAACAUCCAAAUUGUGAGUGUCCUAUGCUCAAGCGUAGCUCAAUGUCUGCAUGACCUGUUUGUUUCCACUGCAUGUAAUAUAUUUCCCACAAGAAGCCAUCUAAAUCUUGCCUUUGGUUGGUUUAUGGGAAAGUCAUCCACUCUUUGUCGUUUGUAUUCUUUCCUGCAGUAUAUACAGACAUUUUUAAAACUAGGGCUGGACGUCUUCUACAUCUUAAGUGUGACAAGAUAGAUUUGCAAAUAGCAGUUUCUUUUUUUAUUGAAUUGAUGCGUCAAAAUGAAAAUGGUUGACUGUUAAAUUCUGAGUGUUUUUUUGGUACUACUCACGUCAACAAUCCCACUCUAAAGCCUGCAGCUUUUUAUUAUUUGGUCUUCUCUGUUGAUAAGUAUCCCCUUUUGCUUUGACAGCAAAAUGUUUUCUGCAUAAAUGGAAGUGGGUAAAAAAGCUGUGUCUGAAAAAGGAACUGGGAAACAACAUGCAAUCACUUAUUAUUCCCAUUGGCACAAACAACCAACAGCAACAGGGUGCCAUUUAUUACUAAUUAGCUAUUGAUAUGGGAAAUAAAUUGUAGAGGCAAAAAACCUUUCAACGGUAAUUUGGAAAAAAUAAAUGAAUGAUUUUCAACUAACAA